AUGAGCGGCGGCGACACCCUCUCCUCGACAGCAGCGGCCGACGCCUCCGCCAUAUGUGCCCAGAUCGCGUCCGUCUUCACCGCGCCCUCCGCACAUCCCCCGGCGCGCUCCGUCCUCGUCUCCGAGCUCGCCGCCGCGGCCUCCCGGGGCGGCCGCGUGUUCGUGCACGGCGUCGGGCGCGAGGGCCUCAUGAUGCGCGCCCUCUGCAUGCGCCUCGCGCACCUCGGCCUCCCCGCGCACUGCGUCGGCGACGUCACGGCGCCUCCCGCCUUAUCAGGGGACCUCCUCGUCGCCUCCGCGGGGCCCGGCGCGUUCUCCACCGUCGACGCCAUCUGCGGCGUGGCGCGCGGCGCCGGCGCGCGCGUCCUGCUGCUCACGGCCCGGCCGGAGGGUGACUUCCCGGGGCGCCAGGCGGACGUGGUCGCCCACCUCCCCGCGCAGACCAUGGCUGACGACGAGGAUUGUGGCGCGGCGGCGGCGGCGGCGGCGGCGCAGGGAAGCUCGCAAGGGAAGCUGCCGAUGGGGAGCCUGUACGAGGGGGCCAUGUUUGUGCUGUUCGAGAUGGUGGUGCUGGAGCUCGCGCGCGUUCUGGGCCAGAGCCCGGCCCAGAUGAGAGCCCGCCACACCAACUUGGAGUAGUCGAAAUGUCCAAUGUUUCACCUUCUGCUCAUACAGCGCCGAGGACUGUGUUGUUGACUUGUUGUCAAGCAUGUCUCUUAGUAAAUGCCCAUGUGUUGCAUACAGUAUAACAGAGUAACAACUAAAAAAAAAAGUUCUUGUAAAGAAGAAGAAGAAGAAGAAAAGACGUGACCAACUUGUGGUUUCGAUGUCUGGGUUAUAAAAGUUGCCAGUGCUAUUUUUGUUACUA